CCAGGCCACCCUGUGCUCUAAGAAGAGCUGUCUGCAGGCGCUCGUGGCCCAGCUGGCCUCCGACAGCGAGGAGCUGCACCAGGUGGUCUCCAGCAUCCUGAGGAACCUGUCCUGGAGGGCCGACAUCACCAGCAAGAAGGUCCUUCGAGACAUCGGCUGUGUGUCUGCGCUGAUGACCUGCGCCCUGCAGGCCACCAAGGAGUCGACCCUGAAGAGCCUGCUGAGCGCCCUGUGGAACCUGUCGGCUCACAGCAUCGAGAACAAGGCGUCCGUGUGCGCGGUGGACGGCGCCCUCGGCUUCCUGGUCAGCACGCUCACAUACCGCUGCCAGACCAACUCGCUAGCCAUCAUCGAGAGCGGGGGGGGCAUCCUCCGGAACGUCUCCAGUCUGGUCGCCACACGGGAGGACUACAGGCAAAUCCUCCGGGACCACAACUGCCUCCAGACUCUGCUGCAGCACCUGCGCUCCCACAGUCUGACCAUCGUGAGCAACGCUUGCGGGACCCUCUGGAACCUAUCUGCCCGAAGUCCCAAAGACCAGGAGCUGCUGUGGGACCUCGGGGCGGUUAGCAUGCUGCGCAACCUCAUCCACUCCAAGCACAAGAUGAUCGCCAUGGGAAGCGCCGCAGCUUUAAGGAACCUGCUCACUAAUCGCCCCCUGAAGUAUAAGGAUGCUGCAGUGGUGUCCCCCGGCUCCUGCAUGCCCUCGCUCUACAUGAGGAAACAGAAGGCUCUGGAGGCGGAGCUGGAUGCCAAACACCUAGCGGAGACUUUCGAUACGCUUGACAAGCAGAGCCCCAAGCACCUGACCAUCAACAAGCCACUACGGCACAUUGAGAGCCUGGCAAAGGAUUACGCGUCUGAUUCUGGUUGUUUCGACGACGACGAGGCCCCUAACAUCUCUGGUAGCCUGGACACUGGGAGCUUCUCCAUGUUGUCCAUGUUCCUUAGCAACUCUAACUUCCUGCAGAACCAGUCACGGAAGAGGGACAGUGAACCGGAGAGAGACUUGGAUAUGCCCCAGGUGGCCGAGAAGAGACACGCGUCUCAGGAUGACGUGUCCGCUGCUGCAGAGAAGCUAGCUAAAAAGAUCACCAACACGGUUGCCAAGAUCGACAGGUUAGUGGAGGACAUUACCAUGCACACGUCCUCCGAGGACAGUUUCAGCCUCAGCUCUGAAGACCAUUUGGCUGACUGGCCUUACGGACUGGAUGAACUCAAUGAAGCCCGGGCGAAAUCAUGCUCCCCCUGCCGUCUUUCUGACACAAGCAGCUUGGCCCACAGGGAACGCCUCAAUAGAGCCCACGCACUCUUACGCCUCAAAACUGCCCAUACUAGUGUAUCAACUGACAGUCUGAACAGUGGAAGCACCAGUGAUGGAUACUGCGGCAGCAAAGAUCAAAUGCGACCUGCUCCAAAAGCUCUAUUGAUGCAACAACGACCCAACCAGCUUGAUCUUAGGGUGGCUCAUCAAGAUUACCUUAAUGUAGGACCUGCUGUCCUGAAUGAGACUAACGAGCAACAGAUCCCAGAGAGAGAUUCUGUGGAAAACAAUGAUGUGACUGCUCUGGAGCUCGGCAGCAUGGAUGCAGAAAAGAACCAGGAUCAACCUGCACAAACACCUGUCAGUGUAUCCACCAAAGUCUCCUCUGACGUCAGCAUGACUUCAAUUAAACUGUCUCCGUCCUAUCAACAGGUCCCGCUCAUUCAGAGUGUGGCCAAAUUUGGUGUAGCAAAGACGGCCAUCAAUGUUCAGGCUGCCCAAGCAAUGAGGAGACAAGCAUGGGUACCUACUGUGAUGACCGGGGGUAGUUUAACAAAGUUUUCUCCAAUGGCAUCCACCCGAAGCCCAACCAUCGGGCCGAUGGAGACGGUCCAGAAAUACUCAGUGGAGAACACCCCGAUUUGCUUCUCCCGCUGCAGUUCUCUGUCCUCCCUCUCUUCCGGAGACGACGCACUGGAUGGACAAAGUGAAAAUGAGCUGGAGAGUGACUCCUCAUUAGAAAUAAUAGAAGUGGAGGAUGGAGAAGUGGUGAAGAGAGCUGAGGAGGAUGAAACCUUGGAGGAUCUGAGUGACAGUCAGCUGCUGAUGACUGACUCCAAAACCUUCCCCAGCAAAGAGACCAAUCCCGCCCAGAUUCCCUGUCCUGCCAAAAAGGAAAAGGUGUUCCUGAGAGGAGCGUCGCCAGCCGUACUCGAAGACAGAUCUCCAUCCAGUUCCUCUGAGAACUACAUCCACGAGACACCCCUGGUAAUGAGUCGCUGUAGCUCAGUCAGUUCCCUGGGCAGCUUUGAGUCUCCCUCUAUUGCAAGCUCAAUCCAAAGUGAUCCAUGCAGUGAGAUGAUUGAUGGAACAAUAAGCCCUAGUGAUCUUCCCGACAGCCCAGGGCAAACCAUGCCUCCUAGUCGAAGUAAAACUCCAUGUUGCGUGGAGCCGACUGGACCGGAAACGCAGCCCACAGGAAUAGCAGGCCAAUGGGAACACAGCCUGCGAAAGUUCAUGGAGAUAGCCGACUGCAAAGAGAGGUUUAACUUUCCUCCUGACCUGGACACCAUGAUCUACUUCACUGUGGAAAAGCCCACUGAAAACUUCUCUUGUGCUUCGAGCUUAAGUGCUCUGCCUCUUCACGAACACUACAUACAAAAAGAUGUGGAGCUGAAAUUGACCCCCCUACUUCAGCAAAAUGACAAAAAUCUUCCUUUCCCUGACAAGGAGGAGCAAGGAUUCGACCACGGCGAGAGAUAUAGUGAAGGCAAUUCAGACGAUGACAUAGAAAUCUUAAAAGAAUGCAUCAACUCAGCAAUGCCCUCCAAGUUGAGAAAAGUAAGACCUUCGCUGGUGACCACCAUCCCUCCUCAUCUUCUCAAUUCCCAGAUCCGAAAGCCGAUACAUCUUCCCGUGUACAUGAUGCUCCCCAAUGGCAAAACCCAAAUGUGCCCUGGAAGAAGAAUUGUCAUCCCGCAGAAGGACUUUAAAUUGGAUGAUUCCUCGUUGACAGAUUCUGCAGAAGGUACUCCAGUGAACUUCUCCAGCACAACAUCCCUUAGUGAUGAAACCCUUCAGUAUCCUGUGAAGGACAGGGGCGCUAAAGACUGCACCGCUAAAGGUAUCAACAAACAGGAAUUCCUCGAUGACGAGGCAAAGAGGAUCGAAGACUUGAGGAUAUUCUCACACUUCCAUAAACCCAACAAGAUGAACUAUCCACCUGAGAUACAAAUCAACCGAGCAACCAAACAUAUAGUUCCCACACAGAGGGUGCUAAUGCAGAGCAAAGAGGUAGCCGACAGGGUGGCGAACCAAAGAAAUCGGGAUCAGUCUCCUAAACAACAAAAGAAGAGGAAAGGUCAAGACCCAGGCCGGAAACUAGAACUGCCUGUCAUUAAGAAGAACAAGGACGGUAACCUUAACAUGGCAUCGCCAAAAGGAAAAACUAUCUCCCGACAAAUGACUCAUUCUUCAGAGGACAGUAACAGUUUCUAUGAUGAAGAAAAUGACACAAAGAAACGAACAAGUAGAAAACAGAUCAGAGAGGCAAGUAGAAACACCCUCUCCCGGAGCAUGACAAAUGUUGGCAGGAUCGAUAAUUCCCAAGCGAUGCCCAGAGGAUUUCACAGGAUUAAACAGAAUCUGAUAAAGGACGAAUCCCUGGCAUGUUACUCGCUGAGUUCCUCGCUUAGUUCCCUGAGUGAUGCCGAGUUUGAGGAUCAUGAAUCAAAAGCCCAGCAAAUAUGGUACAAAAACAGACACAACAAAACAUUGAACAUGGUGAAACAAUCAAAGCACAUGAACAUUUACAGCCAAUACGAAGAGCCAAGCUCGCCAAGCUCCGUCAGCAUGGAUUCAGAGGAUGACCUCCUUCAGAAAUGCAUAACAUCUGCCAUGCCCAAGCAGAGGAGGAAGCUUGCUGCCAGGAAGAGGAAGGCAGAAAAUAUUCAAAAACAAAAGGCCUCUGAUGGGUGGAACAUGGACGAGGAAAUGGAUAGUGAUGACACGGCAUGGGAUAACGAUUCAGACCUCAACAGUGUUGAAUGGAGAGCCAUACAAGAAGGUGCUAAUUGUGUAGUCACUGGGCUGCAGGCAUCAAAGUCUCAGGACCCAUCCUCUGAAGAGACUGAAUCAGUCCUGUCAUUCAUGUCAACAUCCAGCUUUACGCCCAAAGAAAGGAAAUUUGCUAAAGACAAAAAGGCAAAUAAACCUCUAGACUUCGCACAGCGCAAGCCAGUUCCUAACUUACCAGUGGUUUUCCGAGGCAGGACAGUGAUCUAUACACCGAUAAAAGAGGCGGCUCCGUCACAAAUACCUCCUCCCAGAAAAGUACCAACCAAGACAGAUGCUCCAAAGAACCCAAACCUGGCUCAGCACAGAUCCAAGAGCCUUCACCGAUUAGGUUACCCCCAGGAUAUUGAACUGUCUUUGCCAAAGAGGAGCUCUACUCCACCUCCAAGGAUACCAAAGAGUUCCUCCUCUGGAUCAUCGCAAAGCUCUACACCAUCCAAACAGUCACAGAAGAAGAUACCAUCCCCGACUCAGACAAAGAAAAAGGAGGCCUCACCAGCUAGCAGUCCCCCGGAAAGAAGGGGACGCUCUCCUGUUGUGAAUCAAAAUCAAAAAUCCCCUCCACCCAAAACUCAAAAGUCACCCGUCCGUAUCCCUUUUAUGCAAAAUGCAGUGAGGCCCAGAGCUCUGUCACCUCUGGUAACCAACCAAACCACUGGAAGACAAACCAAUCAGGUCAACGGAAAAAAGGUGCCCCCCGCCAAUCGAUUCGAAAUGUCCAGGAUGUCUUCUGUCCAUUCAAGCGGCGGUGAGUCAGAGCGCAAUGGAUUCCUGAGACAGCUGACUUUCAUUAAAGAAUCCCAGACGGCGUUAAGACGGGAUGGCUCUGGACGCAACAUGCCUCGAUCUCAGAACGGAUCCCCCCGCAGAGCAGUUCCUGGAGCUUCGGCAGUCUUCCUUUGCUCAUCACGCUGUCAGGAACUCAAGGCUGUGCAAGUCCAGAGAAGGGUGCAAGUAAAAGAUCCAAGACAAGAAGACGAAGUACAGAGAAGGGUGCAAGUAAAAGGUCCAAGACAAGAACAGGAAGUCCAGAAGCCAGAGCGUGGCCUUCAGAAGCAGAGUCCAACCCUCUCUAGGGCGACCUCCAGUGAACAGGACCUAUCUGCAAGGCGCUCAACCAGGAGAACUAGCUCUGAAAGCCCCUGCAGGGUGGCUCAGCGAAGGGGGCCUGGAAGAGUGUCCGGAGCCAGGCAAAAACAAGACAAAGACACCUUUAAACGUCACCCCUCAUCACCGAGCAUCAACAUACUGAGCAGAGUGACCAGCCGCUCUUCCCUCCGCUCGUCGUCGUCCGAUUCGAGCGGCAGAGCCAAGAGCGAGGAUGAUACCAAGAAGAAGGGGCAGAGAUCCUCAUCCCGACUGAAUGACCGAGUUACCUGGAGGAGGAUCCGGGAUGAAGAUGUGCCUCAGAUCUUGAAAAGCACUCUGCCAGCCAAUGCAUUACCUCUGGCGCCUUCUCCUGACGAGGAAAGGCCAAAGCCACCAGCUCUUCCAGGGAAACUGCCAACCAUUGUACUUGCAUCUCGCAAGACAAGCGAUGCGAUAGUCCAGACGGAAGAUUUCCCCAACAACAAGACCAACUCGAGCACGUCUCCGGCUGUGGAAUCCGCUCGAGCGAUCUCCGACGAAGUGGCCCGGUUCGCGCUACUCAGAAAGAUCAGCACCCCCUCUGGGAGUAACCUCCAGGACGGAGAUCCAGACUUCUCCCGGAGGAGCCACAGCAGCGUCUCCACGGGAACGUCCGACAGCCAUGUGGGUGGAGGUGUCCAUUUCCGCCAGGGAUCCCCCAGCAAGGCCGCCCGGAUCACUCCAUUUAAUUACACACCAAGCCCCAUUUCCUGCUGCAUGCAAGACACACAGAGCCAAGCAGCCCCAAUCAAUGAGAAGUCAGGGGACAAGUGAGUCCUACAAUAGAGAGAGGACUACUGGACGACUAUACUGUGUUCCUGAAUGAAACUCAGUGCUCAGGUGGACAGGUUCGGGAGAGUGCUGCCCCCUAUACCUCAGAUAUUAACCUUUACUUUCCCCGUUCAGACAUUGCAUUCAUGUUUUUCUCUCUGAACCGCUGAUCUUCCAUCUGCCAUUCAUACAGAGUUGGAUGUAUGCAUUGAGAUCAAUGACGUCUCAGAGAAGAAUCUCACAUGAAACAGAGGAGCAUCUUUUUGUACUUUCUUUUGUAUUUGUAGAAUAAUCAUUGCCUAGUAGAACUGUAGUGAAAACAUAAAGCACCAGACAAUGAACUUGAUUCCUGCACAUGGACCACCAUCGCUCUCCUGGACUGAAUCGAUACGAGAACCAUAUUAUGCAAACCUUUGAAGGAUUACUCGGCUGGACUUCUACCUGGAAAGGUACAAACUGUGGGAGACUGUUGCAAAUACAUGGAUGUGUAAAGUAUUUUUACAUAGAGUACAUACACACUCAACUGCAUCUAUUACACUGUCAGCCGUUCCUGGUCAGACCGAGUCCAGCAAGGUCAGG